AAAAGGGGGUGGAGCCUUCUAUUGUAGAAAUUUCAAUAGCCGGAAAAUGCGGACGUGGCAGUUGUACAGCGUGUCCGGGAAUGUGUUGGGAUGGAAAGUGGAGACUGUCAUGGAAGAAGCCACCUUACCCCUACCCCCUCCUCUUCCUCAGCAGCACCUCCAAUCUAUGCCCGAUCUCUUGCGUCAAGGAAGCUCCAGAUUAGCGGAUAAGCAGCACUCUUCCAUCACAGGCCAUGGAACUGGAAGAGAAAACGAGAAAGGCUCAGGGAAAUCUCUUAACGCUCCACAAUCUGCUGGCUUGGAGAAACAAUUUAGCAUGUUCCAGACAGGCUCCGGUAAAGCAGUCAAUAUAUCUUCUGCAGGUCUUAAUAGGGCCAAGGCAUUGUUGGGCUUUGCAGAUAUUGAAACAUUUCCAGCUUCUGAAAUGAAAAGAACAUCUUCAGACCAGCUCUUUCCAUUCCCUUCUGUGACUGUAAAGGGCACAGGGUCUACUAAUGCUUCAUUGUCUCCGUUUGAUGUUAAAUUUACCUCCUCAGUUUCUCCAGCAGAGGAGAUUCUCAACUGUGCAGAUAAACCUCCUCCAAUAAAGUUCCAUACUGCUGGUGGUAGAUCAAUAUCAGUUUCCUCUGAGGCAUUGAAACGCGCAAGGAGUCUGCUUGGAGAUCCAGAGCUGGGAUGUCUUGUAGAUGAAGGCGAUGUGGCUGAUCCAUUGUUUUCUUUUUCAAAAGACCAAAAAUUUGUUGAUCAGGCGUCCACCAAAGAAUUGAACUCAGAUACUCCUGUUUCCCUCUUAUCGGCGGCGAAAGGCAGUGGUUCCUCAAGCCUUUUUACAUCUCCAUUGAGAUCAACUUUGUAUCAUAAGAAGUCUUCGAUUAAAACAGAGAAUCUUGUUCCAGCGAGUAACUUGAUGAAGGAAUUUGAUGCUGUGGCAAAAGAAAGCACAAGUGGGCUAGACCAUAGUAUUCCACAGCAUGGACAGCCGUUCGACAAGAACUCAACAACUAUGGACCUUAGAGAGAAUGACUUCGCUUCAAAAGCUAAAUUUCUAGAAGGGCCUUCUCGGGGUCCUUUGGUGGAUAUCUCAAAUAGCUUUGGAGCAGGAUUUGCCGAUAGAAACCAGAACUUUGGUCGGAAGAGGAAACCUGGGGGAAGUUUUGUUUCUCCAUUCAAGAAGCCUCGAAGUGCCAACAUCAUAACUCCUCUCAAAAGAAAUGAUUCCGGUGCUGCUAACGGGUUCUCAAAUUUAGCACCGAAAUUACCCUCUCAAAAAGGGAAGGUUUCAGUUCGAUAUCCAUUCCAUGUGCCACGAAUGUAUAUGAAGGAGUAUCUGGGAAAGCCCCUACCAAUCCAGAGCAAGCUAGAGAGUCUGCCAGAUGAAGUGAGAAGGAUGAAUCCAGAUACUGCUGAGAUUUAUGUUUUCAAUGAUAAAUCAUGCUCAGGUUGCAUUGGGGUAGAGUCCUUUCUGGAGAUGCUAUCUCGAUCAGGAGCUUCCAUGCAAUAUGUUUCUAAAAAGUGGGUUACAAAUCACUAUAAGUGGAUUGUUUGGAAACUUGCAUCUUACGAGAGGUGUUACAAUGCCAAAAUUUCUGGGAAACUUUUGACGAUCUGCAAUGUACUUGAAGAAUUAAAAUAUAGAUAUGAAAGAGAAGUAAAUUAUGGUCAUCGAUCUGCAAUUAAGAGAAUUUUAGAAGGAGACGUUCCACCUUCUUCUAUGAUGGUACUCUGCGUUUCCAAUAUCUAUUCAGUUUGUGACUCCCCAGUUGGAUCUCAAUCUUCAUUGUCUAGCACGACCGAAAAUGGAACUUGUGCAAAAGUCGAACUGACAGAUGGGUGGUAUUCAAUUAUUGCUGUCUUAGAUACACUACUAUCCAAGAAAUUGGCUGCUGGAAAGCUGUUUGUUGGCCAAAAGCUUAGGAUAUGGGGAGCUGGAUUGUGUGGCUGGACAGGUCCUGUGUCACCUCUUGAGGCAUCAGGGACGACUAGUUUGCUGCUGCAUAUAAAUGGGACAUAUAGAGCUCAUUGGGCAUCUCGUUUGGGGUUCUGUAAAGGUGGUGGUAUUCCAUUAUCAUUUAUGUCAAUCAAGGAUGGUGGAGGUGCUGUUCCAAUUACAUUGGUUGGAAUUUCAAGGAUAUAUCCUGUUCUCUUCAGGGAAAGGUUAAGUAAUGGGGGGUUCGUUGUAAGAUCUGAACGGAUGGAAGCUAGAGAGAUGCAGUAUUUUAAUGAAAGACGCUGUAGCGUUGUGGAGGGAAUAGUCUCAGCAUCUCAAAGAGAAAAGAGAGAUCCCUACAUUGGAAGCGACUAUGAAAGUGAAGAAGGGGCAAGAAUUUUGAGGAUACUCGAGAGAGCUGCAGAACCAGAACUUCUGAUGGCAGAGAUGACUUCAGAGCAGUUGAACUUAUUUUCAUCCUAUCAAGCAAAGUUGGAGGCAUUGCGGCAGUCUGACCUGCAGAAAUCUCUUGAAAGAGCUUUGCAAGAUGCUGGGCUUGCUGAAAGAGACGUCACUCCGUUUAUGCGAGUUAGAGUUGUUGGAUUGACUAGCAAAAGUACUUCAUUGAAGUGCUGUCCAAAGGAAGGCUUAAUCACAAUAUGGAAUCCAACUGAGAAACAGCAAAGUGAGCUUGCAGAGGGUCAAGCUUUUGCUGUUUCAGGGCUUACACCUAUAAGCUCAGACUCUAGCACCCUUUACUUGCAAGCGAAAGGCUCCACAGCCAAAUGGCUGCCUUUGUCUCCUCUGGCAAUUGAGCAUUUUGAGGUCUUUUUUUGUCCUCGCCAAUCAAUUCCGCUGAAUAAAUUGAGUGAAGUUCGUAUGUCCAGGGAGUUUGAUAUUGCUGCGGUGGUAGUUUUUGUGGGGCAGCUGUAUACAGAAGCUCAUCAAAAGAAGCAGUGGGUAUUUGUAGCUGAUGGAUCGACAGCUACGUUAGAUUCCAAUAAUGAAUCAGAAACCUUGAUGGCCAUCAGUUUCACCUCACCAUGCAUAAGAACUGACUCAUUUGCACCAAUAAACUCUAACCUUGUAGGAUCUACGGUUUGUUUCUGCAAUCUCAUCAAGAGAGCAAGAGAUAACAUUAAUAACCUCUGGGUAGCUGAAGCAACCGAAAAUUCAACUUAUUAUUUAAAUUAUGAUCAUUCACAUUGUUCUCAUCUAAAAGACGCCGGUGCUUCUGCUGAAAGAUGGGCAAAGAUAUCUGGCUUGAGACUUGAAAAGCUUAGGGGAAGAGUUCUAUCUAUAAUUAGCUGCUCUGAAACUUGAAUUGGGUAUCCUAGUUAAAUGAUGCUGUGAGCUCUUUUCUAGAACAUCAGUUUUUGGAACUAGUCGUGGAGCUUAAGCAGGGAAAGGCUGCUAACAAUUUGUCACUCCAGCUAAAGAAGGCGAUUGACAUGCACGACUGCAACUUUAUGCACAUAUAUAGUGAGACCUAUUUAUAUAUCCCAGUUGUCAUUUGUCUGCAACUUGAUGCUUUGCGGGGAUAUCAGUCGGGUCAGUACAAGGCAAAAUGAUCCAGCCAACAUUAAGCUUUUGCUGUGGAUGAAUGGGUUGCUAUCACUAAAACAAACUGUGUUGGUUUUAAUUAAGUUCUCUUUAACCAUUAACGUGUUGUUGGUUUUGGUGUUCGUCAUCUUAGCAUCGAUUUUGUUUCUCAUUAUGUGAUUGUGCGAUUUCCCAUUUGCAUGUGCUAGACUAUUUAGACUUAUUUGAUGGUUUUAAGGAUCUUGCUACAUUUCCAA